CAGAAAUCCAUUUCGUUGGAAUUGAACGGAGAAUAGAAGAGCACCGUCGCGGGUACAUCUACAGCUACAAGGACCUACACGCCAACUGAACCUUAUCUCGCGAGGACACCUCACCACCACCCACAAUGUCAACCCUCACCCGCCGCCGCGGCGCCGGUGGCCCCUCCGCCGACGACUCCACCUCCGGCACCUCAACCCCAAGCAACCAGACCCCCUCAGACCCCGCCUCCUACAGACCCCCACGAGAAGAAGAUGUCGGGCAUAAAAUCGCGUUUGACCCACGGGAUAUGGAUGAGGGACGGGAAGCGUCGAAGCAGCCGAAAUUGACGUUGAUGGAGGAGGUGUUGCUGAUGGGACUCAAAGAUAAGCAGGGCUACCUCUCCUUCUGGAACGACAACAUCUCCUACACCCUCCGCGGCUGUAUCCUCAUCGAGCUCGCCCUCCGCGGACGAAUUGCCAUGCAGAAAGACCCGAACAGGAAACGGUAUGCCCUCGCGGACCGAUUGAUUGAGGUUGUGGAUGAGAAGAUGACGGGGGAGGUCUUGUUGGAUGAGGCGUUGAAGAUGAUGAAGGUGAGUGAGAAGAUGAGUGUUGGGAGUUGGGUUGAUUUGAUGUCUGGGGAGACGUGGAACCCAAUGAAAAUCGGCUACCAACUAAAACAAGUCCGCGAACGCCUCGCAAAAGGCCUCGUCGACAAAGGCAUUCUCCGUACCGAAAAACGCAAUUUCCUCCUCUUCGACAUGGCAACCCACCCCGUCUCCGACUCCGCCGCCAAAGACGAGAUCCGACGCCGUGUUAUUAAUAUCCUCUCGGCGCGAACUGUGCUACUCCCGGCGUCGGGGUGGUUGCCGGAGAAUGUUGAGAUGAGGACCGUGAGGACUGUUGCGAUGGUUUGUGCGGCGUAUGCGGGGAAUGUACUCGAGAAUGCGUUGAUGAGUAUGGGACACGAAGCGCGCGAGCGUGCAUUUGGCCGUGUGGACGAGCUGCUGGGAGAGUUCUCGCAGUGGCCGUUUGGGGUGAGACCUGGCGGGGGCGCGGGUGGUGUUGGGGCCAAUUUGGCGGAGUUGGUUAGGGAGGAGGUUGGAGAGGAUGCGAAUGGGGAGAGGGAGUUGAGGUUGGAGGUUGUCGCUGGGGUUUUGCAGGUUUAUACGAGGUUGGACUCGAUUUUGUAAGGGCUAUACCGAGUGAGACGGCCAUUUUCAUGGGUAUCAAAAGUAAUGCUACACUUGACUGAUC